GGGUGGGUGGAUCUUUUGGGAUUAGCCUCCUCGGUCAACAACACUGACCACACUCACCCUCACCGAUGGCCACAGUCGGCAAACACCAGGGCAUCAGCAGUGAUCCGCCCACCAUGGCGUCCAUGGAGGAAGAGCUGACCUGCUCCGUGUGCCGAGACUGCUUCAGCAAAUCCCACCCUCUGCCCUGCGGUCACAGCUUCUGCCCCACCUGCAUCCGCGAGGCCUGGAGUGGGCAGGGUGAGGUCAAAGGUCGCUUCAACUGCCCCCAGUGUCAGGAGGAGCACGGGGAGGUGCUGUGUGACUGCUGCCCUCCAGAGGAAGCGGUGGAAGGAAAGCCGCCAUUGGCCGUCAAGACCUGCCUGAGGUGUGAAGUGUCGCUGUGUGCCCUACACCUCCAACCCCAUCUGGAGAGGCCGGCGUUCAGCACCCACCUGCUGGUGGAUCCGCUGGGGAACCUCUCCCAGCGGAAGUGCCAGACCCACGAAGAGAUACUGAGAUACUACUGCGCCGAUGACAGGGAGUACGUGUGUGGAGACUGUCUGCUGGACGGAAGCCACGCUCAGCACAAAGUGAAGGCGCUGAGACAGGUGGAAGAGGAUCUGAAGGUCAUUCUCCAAACCCUGCUAGGCAAAGCAGAGGAGAAGAUGAAAGAUGGAGAGCGAAUCCUCAAGGAGCAUGAGUGUAUUGUCAUGGCUGACUCCCUGAUGGAUGACAUCUCCCAGGUGGAGCGGCUGGGCUCAGACCUGCAGAUCCAGGUGACGAAGCUGGUGGGCGCUCUGAGGGAGAUCACCACGAGGGAGAGGCAGCAGGUGAUAGAGCGAGUGCAUGAAGACUGCUCCAAGGUGAGAGACGGUAUGAGCCAGGCGCUGAGCAUCCAGUACUACUUGGCCUCGCUGCUGUCAGAGACCGACCCCUUCCUGCUCAUCUGGGCCUUUCAAUCGGACGACACAAAGUUACUAGCAGACCUGGACAGCCCAGUUUAUGUCCCUGAUGCCAUCAGUCUGGACAGGAAACACAUCUUGGAGGACAUAGAGAGCAAGUAUCGAGAUUUCAUAACCGGCACCCUCCGCUGCCUCAGUGAACUCAAGAGGGAGCUCUUGACCAGUCGUUUGACUCUGGACACUUACACAGCCCAUCCUCUGUUGAGCAUCUCUGAUGAUCUUCGCUCCGUGACGCGGGUACGAAACCGCCAACCACACCCUGCUCACCCCGAACGUUUCGACCACUGGCCGCAGGUCCUCACCGCCCAGACCAUCGCCUCUGGGACUCACUACUGGGAGCUGGAAGCUGAGGGAUUCUGGGACAUUGGCGUCAGCUAUAGAAGUAUUCGGCGGAAAGGCAAAGACGGUAACGCCUUUGGGAACAAUAAGGUGUCAUGGAGUUUGACGCAGCAGCACGACAGGAAGUUGGCUGCUUGGCACAACCGCAGGAAGACCCGCCUUACGUACCAAAUGACCGGCAACCGUGUUUCCGUCACCGUGGACUACGGAGCGGGCACCAUCACCUUCUCCGAGGUGAAACCAUCCAACCACCUGACCCACCUCCACACGUUCUCCACCACGUUCACUGAGUCCGUGUGCUUGGGCUUUGGACUCUACAAAGCUGAGCUCAACAGUCACAUCACCAUCCUCAAAGUCUGAGGUGGAAAAAAAGACAAAGGGGGACGGAGAAAACACGCUGACUGGCACCAUGCUGGUUUAACUUAGACAAAGCCAUGCCAAGACAAAGCGCUGCUGAUUUAUUUCUGGAAGCUAACUGGAACUUUGAGCCUCUCUAAUAUUUCUCUCCCCUUACAUCCAAGCCUGAGCUCGUCUUAUAAAGAACAAAACCAUAUUUCCUAGAUCAGGUGAUAUUGAUAUGGAAAUAUCAGAGAUAUUUGAGAAUGGAACAUUCAAUGAGUGGAUAUAAGUGCAUCGUAACAGGAAAGCAACUGAAGCAACUAACGAAGCACUUUUAUACUAAUAAAGGACUGGCUUAUCUAAAGCCAGUUGAGUAGCACUUGAAAUGUUUUGGCUCUAUGAAACCUGAUGUACUUAUAUGAUUCUGUUUUCUUCAAGGUUGUG